CUACAGAAGUAUCCUUCCUUCCAGCUCAAGAGGUACUCCACGUUCCAAGAACUUCUUUCAUGUUCUUAUUUCUAUCGUCAAAAAUCCUAAUUUGUAUCCGAUUUAAAAUUCAGUUUUUGAUCAUAUUUGCUGCUUAAUUUGAAGAAAUCCCAACACUAGUUAAGUAAUUAAAAUCAUGCCUGAUGAUAAAUCAAACCCUAAGGAUUCAAAAAGAAAUCUUCCAGCUUGGAUGAGCUCUCGACAAAAGGGUGGAGGAGGUGAAUCAUCUAAAGGAAACAAAUCAACUGAUGAUAGCAAUGAACCACAAAGUAGCACUAAUCAUUCCAAGAAAGACGCGAAAUCAAAUGAGAAAUCGAGUUUCUCUAAACUUAUGGAAGGAGUGGUGUUUGUGUUAUCCGGGUUUGUUAAUCCUGAACGUGGUACAUUACGUUCACAAGCCCUAGAAAUGGGAGCAGAAUUUAAGCAAGAUUGGAAUUCAGAUUGCACACUUCUCGUAUGUGCAUUUGCGAAUACUCCGAAGUUUCGGCAAGUGGAGUCGGAUGGUGGAACUAUUAUUUCAAAGGGGUGGAUUUCUGAAUGUCAUAAGCAGAGACAGCUUGUUGCUAUUGAACCUUACCUUCUUCAUGCUGGAAAGCCGUGGCGUAAAACCUUAACUCGCGAUGCUAAGAGAGAUCUUGAAACUACCCCAACUAGUCAACCCAAAAAGCAAGCUAAAGAAAGUUCAAAUCGAAAAGCAAGUGCUUCUGCCUCUUCAAAGGAUGGAUCUCCUAAUUCUGUUAAAGAACACCUUGCUCCUUCUAAGGUUAAAAGAUGGGCCAUGGAUGACUUGAACAAAACCAUUUCAUGGCUGGAGGGUCAAGAUGAAACACCGGAGCCUAGUGAAGUUAAGAAAAUAGCUGUGGAAGGAAUUCUUACGUGUUUGCAAGAUGCAAUAGACUCUCUUGAACAAAACCAGGAUAUCAAACAAGCGACAGAGCAGUGGAGAUUCAUUCCUCGUGUAGUUGAGGAAUUGGUCAGGAUUGAGGAUACAAGAAACAACAACAGUUCAUUCUCGAAUGAAGAUCUUUGUCUACAGGCUAUGAACUGUAAACAAAUUUAUGAGAUGGAAUUCGACAGUUUCCUUGGCGAAACUACUGAAAGGAAGAAAGAACAAGAGACUGCUGAGAGAUCUAUGAAUGGUGAGACAACUGAUGUCAAGUCCAAGGAUGCAGCUUAUGACAGUGAUUCCACAAUUGAAAUGACAGAAGAAGAAAUAGAUUAUGCUUAUAAAACGGUAGCUUCCAAGAUUUGUAGAUGAUGAGUAAAGCUAAACUCGACUAUAAUGAAAUUAGAUUAUACAGCUAAGAAUGGUUGCAUGUGUGUGGGGGACUUUUUUAAUCUUUUAUUUAUUUAAUUGUUAAAUAGAAGUUACAAAGCU